AUGUCCGAGGCCGACCGGCUGCGCCUCCGCGCGGCGGCGCUGGCGCUCGACAGCGGCGCCGCCGUGCGGGACAAGCCGGACUCCAAGGCCAACGUCUUCGCGGAUCUCGGCUCCCCGGUCUCGCCGCUGCGGGCGCGGGCCAGCGUCACCACCUCCUCCUCCUCCUCGUCCGGCUCCGCCAAGUCGCCGGCGCAGUCGAAUGUCGGCGCGGCGGGGCUGGCGGGCGGGAGGAGCCACUCCGGCGAGCUGGCGGUGGAGAGCAACCCGCCGCGCCUGCCGGGCCACCGCCGGUGCGGAUCUGGCCCCUUGAUAUUCUCCGGCGGCGGCAGCAGCAGCGGAGGGAGCGGCGGAGUUGCGGGGGACCGCGGGAGCACGGCGAGCUCGCCGAUGGCCAAUGCGCUCCCCGCCGGGAACAUCCGCCCGUCCGGCCGCGUUCCGGGGGCGGCCGCCGCGCCGCCGCCGCCGCCCCGCUCCCGCCCGGACGUGCUCGGAUCCGGCACCGGCCACUACGGCCACGGGAGCAUCAUGCGCGGCGCCGGCUUGGCCCCCGCGAGGAGCGGCAUUGACGCGCCGUCCUUCCUCUCGAGAUCUCCGGCGAGCUCACCGGCCGCGCGGGGUACCGGCGGGGGUCUCCAGGAGAUGACUCGUCUAGGCAACGAGUGGUACAAGAAGGGGGUGCACGGGGAGGCGCUGCGCUACUACGACCGUGCGGUGUCCCUGUGCCCCGAAAGCGCCGCGUGCCGCGGAAACCGCGCCGCCGCGCUCGUCGGCCUCGGCAGGCUGGCCGACGCGCUCCGCGAAUCCGAGGAGGCCGUCCGGCUUGACCCUGCCAGCGGCCGCGCCCACAGCCGCCUCGCCGGUCUCUGCCUCCGGCUUGGAAUGAUUGAGAAGGCGAGGAGGCACUUAACACAGGCCAGGCAUCUUCAUGAGUCUGACCCUGCGGAUUGGGAGAACUUGCAGGAUGUGGAGAUGCAUCUAGGAAGAAGCACGGAUGCCAGGAAAAUUGGAGAUUGGAAGAGCGCGCUGAGGGAAGCGGAUGCUGCUAUUGCAGCAGGAGCUGACUCCUCCCAGUUGCUUCGUGCCUUGAGAUCAGAAGCACUUCUUCGGCUCCACAAGCUAGAGGAAGCUGAUUCGACUCUUACAAGCUUGCUGAAAUUAGACACUGCAUUACUAUCUUGGACGGCAGUCAAACUCUCGGGCAUGCUAGUUGAGUCUUAUGUAAAUAUUGUGCGAGCCCAGGUUGACAUGGCAUUGGGAAGGUUUGAUGCCGCUGUUGCAGCAGCUGAAAAUGCUAGAUGUAUUGACCCUGGAAAUGCGGAAGUUGGGAUGAUUCUUAAUAAUGUGAGACUAGUUGCAAGAGCUCGAGCCCAAGGAAAUGAGCUCUUUAAGGCAGCCAAGUUUUCUGAUGCAUCUAUAGCUUAUGGCGAAGGGCUGAAGUAUGAUCCAUCAAAUCCAGUGCUCCACUGCAAUCGAGCAGCUUGUUGGUGGAAGCUGGACCGGUGGGAGAAAGCUGUUGAUGACUGUAAUGAGGCACUGAGAAUACAACCAAAUUACACCAAGGCUCUCUUAAGGCGAGCAGUAUCCUAUUCCAAGCUCGAGCGUUGGGCUGAUUGUGUGAGGGACUAUGAGGUGCUCCGGAGAGAGCUUCCCACUGAUACCGAUGUUGCGGAAAAGUUGUUUCAUGCUCAAGUUGCUUUGAAGACAACUCGGGGUGAGGAUGUAUCAAACAUGAAGUUUGGAGGGGAGGUUGAGAGUGUUACCAACUUGGAACAAUAUUCUGCUGCCAUACGUUCACCUGGGGUAUCUGUUGUCUACUUCAUGGGGACAAUGAAUCAACAAUGUAUUCAAGUUACACCUGCGGUGAACUCUCUUUGCAGCGAAUGCCCCUCAGUGAAUUUUCUAAAGGUAAAUGUUGAAGAUAGCCCUAUGGUAGCAAAGACAGAGAACGUGCGGAUAAUCCCUACAUUCAAGAUAUACAAAGACGGCGUGAGAGUGAAGGAGAUGAUCUGCCCUACCUUGCAAGUCCUGCGCUACUCAGUGAGACACUAUGCUGUAUCCAGUUCUUGAGAAGCUUUGGGUACCGGAACCCGAUCGAUCCUGAUUUCGUUGAUGCAUAUCCAGUUCUUAUGGCUUCCCCUUUCCCCCCUGCCAGCCAAACUUACAAACUACCAGCCUCCACAGCAUUUCACCAGAUGCAUAAUAAUUCCCCUUUGAGCAUGAGCAUAAUGAGCCGAGUUUGGUACGUGGAAGAGCCUCCCCCAGUUUUCCCCUUUCCCUCAUAUAUUACCCAUCCUUUGCUACCGUUCAUAUGCCGACCCCAUUGAAUUCUUUCACCUUUCAGGCUCUUCCACCCGGUUGUAUUUUGAUACAUUUUGCUUUACAUCUUAGUCCAUAGACCAGCACCCAUGGAGGGUAAUGUUUGUAAUGUUGUUUAGAGUAGAAUAUCAUAUAGAGAGGGGGGAGGGGAGGGGGUGGUAGAGAGGGGUUAUCGUUACAUGUAUAUACCAUAUAGCAAAACAUCAGAAUCCAUUGGAAGAUUGGAGAAACUGGAAUUUUUGGUGCAGCUGGUGAGGAGGGUACAGGGUUAUUUGUUGUUGUUAUCAUUUUAUUUUAGUGGUAAAAAAGGAGAAUCAUUUGGUAAUUGGUGCAGAGAGAGGGGGGAGAAGGUUGGUGUUAAUUGAUGCCAUUUAUCUGGUCUGUGGUGCUGAGAGUACCAUCAUAAGCUACCAUUUUCAUCAUGAAUAAAAACAGUCCAACAUUCUUUCUGUUUUA